GCCUUGGGCUUCCACACGACCGCUUCCUUGCAUGAGAACGAGAAAGCGGGCUCCACUUCUCCCUCACCCAGUCAAUGUCAUUGUGCUGUGACGUGCGACGUGAAGUACGGAUUGCAGCACUGGGGAUGCGCCACCAAGGACCAUGGGGGACAAAAAUGGGGUCCACGCUGUCUUCAAUCUGAAUCCAAAGGGCGCUGGGACCCUGAAGCUCCAGUCGGUGGUGCAGGAGAAGUUGCUGAGCUUCUUGGAGGCAGACUACACUGACAAAGUCCUGGCGGAGUACAUUGUUGUGUUGGUGGCCCACGGGAAGACCCAGAGCCAGGCCGCAGGGGAGCUGGAGGCCUUCCUGGGGCCAGAGAGGUCCAACUCCUUCACCGAAUGGUUGUGGGACCAUGUGUCUGCAAAUCUGAGCAUCUACUCAAACGCCAGCGAACCCGACCCUGAUGCUGGCACCGAGGUCAGCCCGCGGCAGAGCGAGGCCAGCUCGGAAUCAGAGGCCAGCGAGGGUCCCGAGUCGGGGGAUGAGGAGCAGCUUGGAACUAGCUUCGAGAGGGCAGCUCGUUCCAAUCGGGGAGAGGACGAGAGAUACCAUGAAACAUCGCAAGAUCAGCGUGCACGGGUGGAUGAUAGGGAUGAUCAAAGAGGGGCCUUGCGGCACCGGAAGGAGCACGAUGGCAGGAGUGGUCACCAUCGGCAUGAGAGGGAAAAAGAGGAGAGAGACUCAGGAGAGAGACGGCGCGGUGAGGAGCGAAGACGCAGCAGCCCCCCAGAAAGAGUUGAGCGUGAGGAGAGGCGGUCGCACCAGAGGCGCAAGUCGAGGGAAGACUGGCACAGGGAACGGAAGGGGAGGGGGUUUGGAGAAGAUGACCGGCAUGAGAGAGACAGCAGGCAUGGAGAGAGGGAGCACUACGGACGGGACCACCCGCUGCCCCCUCCCCCGCCACCACCGCCGCGAGGGGAGCCCUUUCUGGAGGAGAGGAGAGGGGACUGGGGUGGAGGUCGCAGGGACGAGCAGCGGUCCAUGGCGGAGGAAGGGGCUCGAGUCCAGCGGCAAAAUAGCACUCGGAUGGAAGGGGGAAUGCUGGGGCAGAAACGGCCGUGGCAGGUGGCGCAGGCGAAUAUGGAUGCUCAUUCGAGCGACCCUCCCCCGCCGCCGCGGUCUCGGCCGCGCCUGGCUGGCAUCCCCGACUAUGCCCGCAUCAUGGGCAUAGCGCUGAAAGCUGUUGCAGAAGCAGCCGAUGAGGCUGCACAAGCGGCCAAAGGUGGGCCAGCGGCUCCCCCUGCACCUGCUCCUGCAACCCGAGUUGCGGGGGGCGAUGUCUGGCAGCGCUUGAGCGCGGAAGCGACAUGGAAGAGCGGCAGGGCAGAACAUCCCCGGGAAGAGGAGCCCCUUGUAGCACAGCAGGAGCUGGAGCAGCCCGGCCGGGAUGCGGAGCGGCGUCGGAUGAAUGCGAAGCUGCGGGAGAGGCUCACCAAGGCGGCAGACGUUACGAAGAAGAUGGUGCGGGAGGGCCCGGCAGGCCCAUCGGUGACGGUCACUUUCAGGGCGAGAGAGCGGGCAUCCCGAGGGCCGAGGCUGCACCGGAGGCAGUUCGACGCCCAAGAGCAGCCCCCGCAGGAGGCCGCCUGGCAGGAGGAGUCGGUGGAUCGAAACGGAGACCGGCGGGUCGAGCGGGAGAGCAGGAGGUGGGGGGAGGCGGAGGCCACCGAGGUGGAGCCAGAGGCUGAAGAGGUGGCGCCAGAAGAAGAGCAGCCAGAAGAGGUGCAGUGGCAAGAAGUAGAGGAGGGGGAGGAACAAGAAGAGGCGGCCUUUGAGGAGGGAAUGGAGGCCGCAGAAGAGGAGCCGGGGACAAGCGUGGAUGUUGACGUGGCAGAGAUGAAGCGGCGCAUGCGAGCGGUGCAGCUGGAGAUGAUCAAGCUGCGGGCCAAGCAGAGGGAAGGCGAGCGGACCCAGGCGGCACUGCCAGGUCCCCUGCCCGUGGUAAAGCCGCCCACCCCGCAGGAGCUCGACGCCCGCACCGUCGUUGUGUCUAACGUUCACUUCGCUGCCACCAAGGAGGUGCUCGCGGCCCACUUCAGUCAGGCGGGCGCUGUCACGGACGUCCGUAUCCUGCUGGACCCAGGCACCGGCAGGCCCCGAGGUUGUGCGUUCAUCACGUUCGACUCCGAGGAUGCUAAGGAGCAAGCUCUUGGCUUGGACGGCACGUCCAUCCUGUCCAGGCAGCUCAAGGUCGCCCCCAAGUCCAGUGCUUUGGCCAUCUUGAAGUCGCUGCCCACCUUCGUGCCACGCCCUGUGCCUGCUCCCCUGGUCGCGAGGGGACCCCGGCAACCCCUCCGGCGAGGCGCAGUGAGGGGGGCCAGCACCAAAUGGGUGCGCCCAGGUGCUAUGAUGCCCCCCCCCGCCAAGUCGCCCCGGUCGCCCCCCAUUCCGCAGAACCUGACCUGGCGGCGGUCGGCCAGCACGGGAACCCCGCCUGCCGUUGUCAACCAGAGCCAGCCUGCGAACAGCGUGGCAGACCAUGCCGAUGCGGACAAUGGAGGAGCUAGGGAAGCAUAGCGUAAAGGCUGUCCCUGCCCGUGGUCCGGAUGUCCAGCGGCCAGAAACCCCGUUCAGGCAUCCAAUUCAGCAUCGGGCAACCAUUGAAAAGAUCGCAGAUGCAGAUGCCAGCCAGGUUAGUUAACACCCGCACCUGCUGGAGUAAUAUCUGGCCUGGGUCCAAGAUAUUCCUCAAGGUAUUUGCAGUUACAGCGGCAUUAACGAGAACGGAGUAGAAGACCUUGACUUCAUUCUCCGCUGCUGUGUCGUGCAUAUGUAGUCUGGCAUGGAACAGUCAUGUGUUCUUGUCAUUAGAUAACACGGUGAUAGCGGGCUCCGGUCAGGUUCCUUGCAAGCUAGACACCACUUGCCAACUGUUCACGUGAGCCCAUGGCUCAUUUCAUGAGAUUGGCAACUUUCUCCCAGUAAAGUCCUCAAUCGUAAGCUUUGGAUAUGUCAGUCCAAGAGAGUCGCGGUGAGUCAUCGCAGAUUUAGCCGCUCAUUGCGGCAAGUUGCGCAUGAGGUAUGAGGGCGUUGCUGCAACACGAGGCGUUGGCAAGUGGCAGGCAUCUACGCCCAAAAGCCCAUGCGAGACCAGUAGGCGAGACCCAAAGUGAACCCUUGUUGUUAUUGUAGAACAGUCAUGAAUUUCUGUCCC